UUUGUCCAGAUCUCGGCCCACGAUGAACUGCAUAGUGUGCAAAGAGGUUGUAGACAGUCCUUUACUCUACGGAGAUAAGUUUCGCUACAAUGAUAUCUACUGUCAUUACUAUUGUUUGCUCUUCAGCACAACCAUAAAGCAGACUGGGGCAGACAAUGAAGGCAUCCAAGGAUUUAUUUACCGAGACAUUCUCCAGGGAGUCGACGAAUGUAGAAAAUAUCUUUGCUGCUACUGCAAACUUCCUUACGCGAGUGUCCAGUGUGGAUAUGAUCCAAAAAAGAAGAGGAAAUGUACCAAACUGUGCCACUUCACUUGUGGUGCAAGGAAUAAGUGGCUGUUUCAGUUCGAUGAGAUGAAAGCCUUUUGUCCAGUUCACACCGGUUUGCCGGCAAAGAUGCCUCCGGAAUUCGUGCCGGGAAGAACGUGCCUCAUCUGUUCUGAGAGCUUUAGCGGCUACUCAGCCUUAGAGUGUAUUCCAGCUCACUGUCGCCCUGAUAUAUGGAUUCAUCGCGACUGUCUGCAGACUUUCGCUCUUCAUGCCGGAUACGGCCUCAAGUGUCUCAUCUGCAGGCACUCGGAGUUCCGCCGCAUCGCCCAGAAACGUGGUGUUUUCGUUCCCAAUCGAGACAUUGACUGGAUGCUGAACCAAUGCGAGGGUGGAUCGCAGGAUCCCUCAGCGCCACCCCUGAUCUGUGCUGCCAGAUGCUGCAUAGCUGACGGCGGACGAGAGUUUCCACCUGGUUCGCAGGUGGGAGGAACAUGUUUCACGUGUGAGAACGUUUUUCAUACCAACUGUGCCCGAUUUAAUGGGCGCAAAACAGCGAACGACAACUUCAUGUGCUUCGGCUGUGAUGAGAAAGAUUCUGAGAUUCUUGAGCCACCGGAUACUGUGCCUAGAAAGAACACUCUUGUGCAGCUCAGCAAAUCGAAUGUGAUUAUGAAGAAGUUCCUCUACGAAGUUUACAGAGGGAAAGUGGAUUAUGUGGAUCAGUCUCUAAUGCCUCAAUUCUAUGGGCCUCGAUGUGCAGCCAAUGGCAAAUUCCGUCUCAAUUACUUCCUGAAUUCCUACUAA